GCUCUGUUUUAAAGAGGAGGGUAGUUUGUUUUUUUUAAUUUAACAACACAAAUACUCUGUAAAAUUCAAGUGUUGGUUUUUCAGAAGAGUUUAUGAAUGGGGUGGGGUUGGGCCUGAAGGACGGUGGAGAAAAGCCCACGGAGGGUUCAGCUUUAGUGAUGACCCUUUUGAAAUCCUUGAAAUCGUAUUACUACUGAAUGGGACUGAAGGAUUUCAACUACGCCUGCUUUCAGAGACAACUGUGCCCCUGGGGUGGAGGAAUUGUUGAUAAGGAUCUCCGUCACUACCUCAAUUUACGGUUCCAGAAAGGAUCAGUGGAUCACGAGCUUCAGCAAAUCAUACGGGACAACCUCUACCUCCGCACAGUACCAUGCACCACAAGACCACAUAAAGAGGGAGAGGUCCCAGGGGUGGACUAUAUUUUCAUUACCGUUGAAGAUUUUAUGGAACUGGAGAAAAGCGGAGCCCUCUUAGAAAGUGGAACCUAUGAAGAUAACUACUACGGCACCCCGAAGCCCCCAGCAGAGCCUGCUCCCUUGCUGUCCAAUGUAACAGACCAGAUCCUUCCGGGAGCCACACCGAGCGCAGAGGGGAAACGCAAGAGGAAUAAGUCCGUGAGCAACAUGGAGAAGGCCGGCAUUGAGCCUCCGGAGGAGGAGGAGGAAGAGGGACCCAUGGUGAACGGAAAUGGAGAGGUGGCAAUACCAGAGUCAAGUGAACAUGAAGACAAGAGUUCAGGUGCCUCAGGAGACAUUCCCUCCCAGCCUUAUCCAGCACCAAUGUACAGUCAGCCAGAUGAAUCCAAGGAGGAUAUGGAUGUAGCGAAGCCAGCGAAGCCUGAGGAGAAUGAUGAGCUCGGCUCCCUGCCCGAUAACUGGGAGAUGGCCUACACGGAGAAGGGGGAAGUCUACUUCAUUGACCACAACACAAAGACAACAUCAUGGCUGGAUCCACGGCUUGCGAAAAAGGCUAAGCCUCCUGAAGAGUGCAAAGAAAAUGAGCUUCCAUAUGGCUGGGAGAAAAUUGAUGAUCCAAUUUAUGGCACUUAUUAUGUUGACCACAUAAAUAGAAGAACACAAUUUGAAAACCCGGUCCUGGAAGCCAAAAGGAAGCUACAGCAGAAUAACAUGCCCACCACGGAGCUUGGCCCGAAGCCUCUGCAGGCCUCUGGCUUCCGAGAAAAGCCACUUUUCACCCGGGACGCAUCACAACUGAAAGGAACUUUCCUCAGCACGACCCUGAAGAAGAGCAACAUGGGAUUUGGGUUUACCAUUAUUGGCGGUGAUGAGCCAGAUGAGUUCCUGCAGGUGAAAAGUGUCAUUCCCGAUGGACCUGCAGCCCAGGAUGGAAAAAUGGAGACAGGUGACGUCAUUGUCUACAUCAACGAAGUGUGUGUCCUCGGACACACUCAUGCAGAUGUGGUCAAACUCUUCCAGUCGGUCCCUAUUGGCCAGAGUGUGAACCUGGUGCUGUGCCGUGGAUACCCACUGCCCUUUGACCCCGAAGAUCCAGCCAACAGCAUGGUGCCGCCCCUUGCGUUAAUGGAGCGGGUCCCACCACUGGCGGUCAACGGAAGGCAUAACUACGAGACAUAUCUGGAGUACAUUUCUAGGACCUCGCAGUCUGUCCCAGAUGUGACCGAUCGACCACCCCAUUCUUUGCACUCCAUCCCAGCAGACAGUCAGCUCGAUGGCCCGUUUCCACCUCCCGCAGUCCAUGAUGACAACGUAUCGAUGGCUUCUUCAGGGGCCACCCAAGCUGAACUUUUGACCUUAACCAUUGUGAAAGGGACCCAGGGCUUUGGCUUCACUAUUGCAGACAGUCCCACUGGACAGAGGGUGAAGCAAAUUCUAGACAUUCAGGGAUGCCCUGGCUUGUGCGAAGGCGACCUCAUUGUUCAGAUUAACCAGCAGAAUGCACACAACCUGAGCCAUACGGAGGUAGUGGAUAUACUUAAGGAGUGUCCCGUGGGAAGUGAGACAUCUCUGAUUAUCCACAGAGGAGGUUUUUUUUCUCCUUGGAAAACUUCAAAGCCUAUAAUGGAGCGAUGGGAAAACCAAGGCAGUCCCCAGACCAGUCUGUCUGCCCCAGCCAUCCCUCAGAACAUCCCCUUUCCUCCCACCCUACACCGGAGUUCCUUUCCAGACUCCACAGAGGCCUUCGACCCCAGGAAACCCGACCCAUACGAGCUGUACGAGAAAUCAAGAGCAAUUUAUGAAAGUAGGCGUCCGGAAUACAAGGAAUUGGAUGUUCACCUUCGGAGGAUGGAGUCUGGAUUUGGCUUCCGAAUCCUGGGAGGAGAUGAACCCGGACAGCCGAUUCUGAUCGGAGCAGUGAUUGCGUCAGGCUCAGCGGACAGAGAUGGGCGGCUGCACCCCGGCGACGAGCUGGUCUACGUGGACGGCAUCCCCGUAGCGGGAAAGACCCAUCGAUACGUUAUUGACCUCAUGCACAACGCGGCCCGCAAUGGCCAGGUCAACCUCACUGUCAGGAGGAAGGUACCGCCUGUAGGGGAGCCCUGUCCCGAAAACGGAAGGAGCCCAGGUUCGGUAUCAACGCAUCACAGCUCCCCACGGAGUGACUACACUACUUACGCCAACAGCAACCACGCUGCCCCCAAUAGCAAUGCCUCACCCCCCGAAGGCUUCUCCUCAACCAGCCUGCAGACCAGCGACGUGGUCAUCCACCGGAAGGAGAACGAAGGCUUCGGCUUUGUCAUCAUCAGCUCCCUCAACAGGCCUGAGUCCGGAGCGACAAUAACUGUGCCCCAUAAAAUUGGGCGAAUCAUCGACGGAAGCCCGGCUGAUCGCUGUGCCAAACUCAAAGUUGGAGACCGGAUAUUAGCUGUGAAUGGCCAGUCUAUCAUCAACAUGCCUCAUGCAGACAUCGUGAAGCUCAUUAAGGAUGCAGGCCUUAGUGUGACCCUCCGCAUCAUUCCUCAGGAGGAGCUGAGCAGCCCCGCGUCAGCCCCCAGCUCGGAGAAGCAAAGUCCGAUGGCCCAACAGCAGCAGCAGCAGCAGCAGCAGCAGCAACAGCAGAGCCCCGUGGCACCCACCAGUCCCAUCUCCCAGCCCCCUCCACCGCAGCCGCUCCAGCUCCAAGGGCCCGAAAGCAGUUAUAGGUCGGAAGUGAAAGCGAGGCAGGAUGUGAAGCCAGACAUCCGACAACCUCCGUUCACAGACUACAGGCAGCCAUCCACGGACUACAGGCAGCCACCCUUGGACUACAGGCACCCGCCCGGCGUGGACUACCAGCAGCCACCCCCACUGGAUUACAGGCAGCCACCGCUUAUAGACUACCGGCAACACUCUCCUGACACUCGGCAGUAUCCUCUCUCAGACUACCGGCAGCAGCCCCAGGAUUUUGAUUAUUUUACCGUGGACAUGGAGAAAGGCGCCAAAGGAUUUGGAUUCAGCAUCCGUGGAGGACGGGAGUACAAGAUGGAUCUUUUCGUGUUGAGGUUGGCAGAAGACGGGCCGGCAAUAAGGAACGGAAGGAUGAGGGUGGGAGAUCAGAUCAUUGAAAUUAAUGGGGAGAGCACGCGGGACAUGACCCACGCCAGAGCAAUAGAACUCAUCAAAUCCGGGGGUCGGAGAGUGCGGCUCCUGCUGAAACGUGGAACGGGACAAGUCCCGGAAUAUGACGAACCAAACUCCUGGAGCUCUCCCCCUGCCUCCUCCCCAGGUCUGCCGGAAGUAGCGGUUUCCCUGGAAGACAUAAUCUCACCAUUAUCUUCAUCGCAUCUAGCCCCACCCUCUGACCCUCCCCACCAGAGAAACCCAGAUCCCACAUGGGAGAACAGGCGGGGACCCGACGCAGGAAUACCAAAGGAGCUUCCAGCCAAUGGCCAGAAGAAGAAACGGCUGGGAGAACAGAGAGAGAGAUCCACCAGUCCCAAGAAAGUCGACAGGUCAAGGCACGAGGAGGCCCCCAGGAAGGGUCUCUCCGAGGGUAGGUCCCAGAGAGCUGAGGGGGGCCGGCAGGCCUCAGAAAAUCCGGCCCCUGGAUGGAGGACCUCGGCCGAGGUCGGAACAGGAGAACCGGGGGCUGCCGGAACCGAUGACGAACGACGCGGGAGGCUCAAGAUGGCCGAAGCCCUCCGGGGAGGGUUCCCCGGGAAGAGGGACGACCCCGGAGGGGUUGGCACCGAGAAGUGGGCAGCCGCGGCCAGCGACCCCGGCCAGCUCGAGCCACUCGGGGCCGCGAAGGCACACGGGAGCGGGAGCGGCGGCCCUCACCGGAAUGGCACGGGCCCCGUUCUUCAGGAGCCAGGCGGGAAACCCUGCGACUGCCCAGGGAAGGGUCAUUUCCAUCCCAGCGGCAGUCGCCCCGCGGCCACCGCCCGGAAGACGACCGUCUCCCCGGGGCCCUGGAAGAUCCCCGGUUCCGACAAGCUCCCGAGCACACUGAAAUCCAGCCCUUCGGCCGCCAGUAGAUAAGGGCUGCCGUCCCGGCCCUCCAUUCCGCAUCGACACAGGACGUCCUUUUCCGGUUCCGUCUCAAGUCCUUUAAUUUAUUGCAACGACCACGUGGAGAUCCACAAGUCCUCAUGGCUGGAAGCCAUCACGUGUAAUCCACGUGAGUGAGCGCAGGACCGAACUAUUCUGAGCGGCAAAGAGCGAACCUGGAGAAGAAUUCGAACUGACCCGAAAGUAGUCCCCCACCCCUCCCCGGUUCCAUUUUCGGGACUUUGGCAGCUAUGGAAGAACCAAAAUGAUCUUAAGUCCAUCAGAGAAGGACAGUGCAGUGUAGCUUUAGGAUUUUCCUCCUCCUCCUCUCCCCCCGCCCUGGCCUUCCCCCGCCUUCCCCACCACCACUACCACCACCACCACUGCAUGAAGGACUUGGAUGUCUGCCAAACUUGGUAUCAAGAAACUGGCCAAGACCAGAGCCACCACGGACUGGAAUCUCGCCUUAAAUCCAACUGCACGGAGCAAGCUGAAACUGAGAAAAAGAUUCUCUCUUUUAAUUGAGCGAAAGCUUUGUAAAUACAUUGUCCUUGACAUAUCUAGACAGGGGUCAAAGGUUUUCUUUGGGGAAAUGCACGGGGCGGAAUAGCUGGGCUGGGUUUCCGCAGUCAGUCAACGCUGCCUCCAGUUCGGGAGGCCUCCAUUCACCGCAGGCUUCGCAGGGAGCUGGAAAAUCUAUUGAAUCGAUUGGUGUGAUGCCAUUUCUACUGCCAUUUUUGUGAACAAAUCAUAUUUCUGUAUGUCAGGUGGGGGUUGGGGGAGGGAGGGGCAGGAGUUCUAUUUGAAAAAUCCAUCCUGGAAAACAGUUUGCCACCAACUCAGACUUUCACAAUAUUGCUCACAGAUCCUAACUGGUCUUCACCUGAAGUAGAAAAUUUCACAAUUGGAGGACCACAGCCUAGUGCAACUUUUAAGUGAAAAAAGCUGCAGCUUCCUUAUGCAGAAGGCCUUCCCAUCCUCUCUCAGCAGCCCCAAAUCUCUAAGUUCUGAUUAUCAAAACUCUAUUGCCUCGACUGCUUGGCCUUUGUUGUGACAUCUUCUCAUCAUUUUCCCUGAUUCCAGUUGCCUUCAGAGGAAUUACUCUGAUACCUCUGAGGCUUAACGUUGCUCAAAUAGAAAAGGCCAUUAUUACGACCAAUUUAUUUUCAUUAGUGGACAUCCAAGCAAUAAAGUCCCUUUUAUCACUUUUCUCUGCCUCCAUGUCCUCGGUUUUCUUCUCCUUUGGUUUCCAUCUUAUUUCAGAGUUCUGAGCUAAUAUUGGCGUGGAAAGGUCCCUUAGACCCCUAGAUAGUAUAAUUUCCUUUUAAGAGAGGGAGAGAGAGUGCAAGAGAAAGUGAGAGAGGGGUCAGUGGUUCUGGGACUCAUGCCCCUACCCAGUCCAUUUUUAGUCAGCUGAGUUUAACGCAAUCCCUCGAGCACUGGACAAAAUUGCAAGUCCCUCCAAAAGAACCGCUUCCACCUUGGGGGAAGCGACAGCCCGGUCGUUAUUUCAGAAGCGCCCCUCCUCAGGUCCCCAUCCAGGAGUCUGGACUGGGAAAGGCCCUCUCCAGAGCAAAGAUUGGAGCCAUCUCACCUGAGGAGCAGCUUCCCCGGUCAGGGCCACAGUCCACCCCUCCCUAGCCCUUUCCUCGGCCCCCGCCUCGACCCUAGCAACCGCGGUGGAAUUUUCCCCCAGCCCAUGUGGAGGAAUUUGAGGUGGUGGGAAGGCUCCAGAGAAGGAUGCUGCAGCUUUUUGAGUUCAACUUCUAAAAGAGAAACUCCACCCUAAAACCAACAAAAAAAGCACAAACCCAUGUAGCCGUUUACAGCCCUUUUAUUUAAUACCAACUAGUCUUUAUGCCCCAAACUAGAAGCCCAGGAUCCUUUGCCAUUAAUUUAUUGAAUCUGAAUUUGGACAAUGCUUCUGUAGUGUAGCUGCACGUCCCAGUACUGUAUCCUCUGACCUUUAUUUUCCAUGUGUAAAAGAAAUGAAAAAAAAAAAAAUUGGAGAUUACGCUUGCAUAAACUCUAAUUUGCACAGUUCACAGCUACUACUUGUGCAGUAAUUGCUUUAUGCGGCUGUAAUCGAUAACCUGUGAAGACAGUACAUCAUCUAAACCCCAUUCCAAAUAAUAUUUCUGUGUAGUGUUAGCUGUGAAUUUACCCUGUACAGCUGUAUCUCUAUAAAUAUAAUUCCAUGUAUUAAUAGUCACAGAAAGGCUGUAAGUGAGCAACUAUUUUUAUGAAACGCACCAUUAUGGAUAAAUUAACUUUUACAGAAAUCUUGUUUACUGUAUGAUACUCUAAAACACUGUCAAAUAAAAUAUAUAU